UGGACGAGCCGAGAGGUCUAACGAUUUAUUUGUGAAAACGUCGCCGGACUGAAGACAACAAUGACGCUGCAACUGCAUAUUGAGAAGCUGAAAGGCCUGGAUAACUACAAGGCCUGGUCAAUGACGGUGCGUGCCUAUCUGGAGUCGGAGAAUCUAUGGAGCGUCGUUGAGAAUGGCCCGGAGAAUAAUGAAGAUUCACUGCUGAAGGACAAACGGGCCAAGUUUAUCAUACUAUGCCUGAUCGAGAACAAGAUGUGCCAGUUUAUGGUCAGCAUACGCACAGCCAAAGAUCUCUGGCAAUAUUUGCGUGCCCAGCACUCGAUGCGUUAAGGUGACCCCCUGUAAAAAAAAACACACAGUUAUCAAUAAAAAUACUACAAAAAGUA